UUAAAAUUCAUCAUGAAUCAUUCUAAUUUUAAUUUUUAUGAUGCUUUUGAUUUUGAUGAUGACACUCUUGUGUUGGCUUUUCAAGUUGCUACUGCUGUAGUUGCUGAAGAAGAAUCGAAUAAUCAAGGGCGGAGAACAAGGUAUCGUGGCUCUAUUCCUGGUCAUAAUAUUGUCAAUCGUAAUAGAAAGGAAGUGGAAGCUCAUAAUUCAUAUUUCAAACAAAGGACAGAUGCUCUUGGUGUUCUUGGUUUAUCUUGCCUUCAAAAGAUAACUGCAGCUCACAGAAUACUUGCAUAUGGUAUUCCUGCAGAUCUUACUGAUGAAUAUCUUCGAAUUGGAGAAACCACUGCAAUAGAAAGUCUUAGAGCUUUCGUCAAAGCAAUCGUAGAAGUUUUUGGUGAUUGGUAUCUAAGGGCACCAAACGAGGCUGAUAUUUGUCGAUUAUUAUCAAUUGGAGAGCAGCGUGGGUUUCCAGGGAUGUUAGGGAGCAUUGACUGUAUGCAUUGGAAAUGGGAGAAAUGCCCAAUUGCAUGGCAUGGGAUGUAUACUGGUCAUUGUCGUGAACCAACUAUAAUUCUAGAGGCAGUGGCUUCACAAGAUCUUUGGAUAUGGCAUGCCUUUUUUGGAAUGCCUGGAUCAUUAAAUGAUAUUAAUGUUCUUGAUCGGUCACCUAUUUUUGCUGCACUUGCUGAAGGUCGUACUGCUCCUGUCAAUUAUACAAUUAAUGGGCAUGAAUAUACAAUGGGAUACUAUUUAGCAGAUGGGAUUUAUCCUAAUUGGUCAACCUUUGUUAAGACAAUCCCAAGACCAUUAGGAGCAAAGAGAAAAUAUUUUGCAAGCAAGCAAGAGUCUGCAAGGAAAGAUGUGGAGCGGGCAUUUGGGGUGCUCCAAUCUCGUUUUGCAAUUGUACGUGGACCUGUUCGAUACUGGGAUGAAGAAACGCUUGCAUAUAUUAUGAAAGCUUGCAUAAUAAUGCAUAAUAUGAUUAUCGAGGAUGAAGGAGCAAUGAACCUUAGAUUUGACCAUGAACAUGAAGUCAUUUCCUUUAUAUCAGUGUCACAUUGUGAAAUACCAGAACUACAUGAUUUUCUUCAAACUCAUAAUCGAAUUAGGGAUAGAGCUACUAGCUCUCAACUACAAGAAGAUUUGAUUGAACAUUUGUGGGAACAAUAUGGCAACGAGUAG